AUGGGCGUGACUCCGAUCCGUCGCAAGGGCCCGCAGAACAAGGUCACCCGCUGGCUCGCCAGGGCGUCCGACUUUGACCUCACGGCCGUCUUCUCUCGGCCUCACCGCAACCCGUACCCUCGCCAGGUCCUCGUCAAUACGCCUGUGCCGUCCGAGGCAUUCACGACGGCGCCCAAGGUCCCCAUACCGGGCUGGAACAGGACUGUCAAGGGCGAGAAUGGCAAGGUGAUUCGCAAGGACAAGAGGGGCUUCGGGACCAAGGAGGUUCCGGCGCCUGGGUGGACGUUCGUCUCGAAUCAGGUCCUCACGAGCAAGUACAACCUCCUCACGUUCGUGCCGCGAAACCUCCUCGAGCAGUUCCGCCGCGUCGCCAACAUCUUCUUCCUCGUCCUCGUCAUUCUUCAGUUCUUCCCGCGCUUCACGACCGUCAGCCCAGGUCUCUCGGCGCUCCCUCUGAUCGUAGUCAUUUUCAUCACGGCGGUCAAAGACGGCUACGAAGAUCUCAAGCGCCACCAGUCGGACCGCGCCAUCAACAACAUCAAGGUCAUCGCCCUCCGCGGGACCUACCGCAACCCGAACUUGACUCUCCAGAAGAGCCGGACGUUCGGACUGCCCAAGUUUAUCCGGAACUGGUGGGGACAGAGAAGGCUUGUCAAGGAGGCGGAGGAGGAGGAGCGCGAGGAGGCAGAACUCAGGGAGAAGCAGCACAAGGGGUUCUGGGGGAAGAGGUCGAUGCGGGUCGGGCGGAGAAAGGUCAAGAACGGCGAGGGUCCGCAGGAGAAGGUCGCGCCGCUCGUCGAGGAUGUCGAGGCAGAGGAGGAGCGCGACGGGCUCGGCAACUUGGAGGUUCCACGAACAGCUCCAGGCGGAGGGACGGUCCAGGCGGCGCGUGAGGAGGGCAACCGUGCGCGGUCGUCGACAGUCGGCACGAAGGGAUCCGCCAAGGGUCGCUCGCGCGCCAACACCUCGGCCGGUCUCUCGUACGAGGCGCCCAUCCCUGCUCGACACCAGCGCCUCGAAGGCGAUUACUACGCCGACGACGCCGAAGACUCCGAGUUCCAUCACGGCCCGACCGAUACGGCUGGACACCCCAACGCCGAGCAGCAGCCUGGUUCCGGCAUCCACCUUCACAAGCCCCAUUUGCACGUCGGCGUCGGCCAGCGUUACGACCGGCCGACGUGGGUCAAGGAGAACUGGGAGGACUUGCGAGUCGGUGACUUUGUGCGGCUGCAUGGGGACGAGAGCGUUCCUGCUGAUAUUAUUGUUUGCGCGACUUCGGAGGAGGAGAACGUCUGCUAUGUCGAGACGAAGAACCUCGACGGCGAGACGAACCUCAAGUCUCGCUCGGCCGUCCCGGAGCUCACGCACCUCCGCACCUCGUCCGCCAUCGCCAACGAAGCCAAAUUCGUCAUACGCGCCGAGCCGCCAGACGUCAACAUGUUCACGUACAACGCCGCGAUUGAGCUGCAUGACGGGCGCACCGACAAGGAGGGCAGGCCGCUCAAGUGCCCGGUCAACCUCACGACGAUGCUUCUCCGCGGUACCGUCAUCCGCAACACCGAGUGGGUCGUCGGCGUCGUCUGCAUGACCGGGCAAGACACGAAGAUCGUCAUGAACGCUGGCGGCACGCCCUCGAAGCGGUCCAAGGUCGAGCGUCAGAUGAACCCGAUGGUCUUCCUCAACCUCUUCAUCCUCGCCCUGAUGACCGUCAUGUGCGCUCUCGCCGACCACUACCUCCAAGUCCAGAAGUACCCGCAGGGCGCGUACUGGCUGUUCGCCGACAACCGCUCGGACGACAACCCGAACAUCAACGGCAUCAUCACCUGGGCGAACGCGUUGAUCGCCUUUCAGAACAUUGUGCCGAUUUCGCUGUACAUCUCGAUCGAGUUCACCCGACUCGUGCAAGCGGGAUACAUCUGGGGGGACGACGACAUGAAGGGCAACGGGCGGCGGACGACAGCUCGAAGCUGGAACCUUUCCGACGACCUCGGCCAAAUCGAGUACAUCUUCUCCGACAAGACCGGUACUUUGACGCAGAACGCCAUGCUCUUCCGCCAGUGCUCGAUCGCCGGCAAGGUCUACGUUGGCGACGAGCAGCCUGCCGCGACCGACACGACCGUCCUUCCGCCCGAGAAGGCGCUCUCGAGCUCGUCCUCUUCGGGCGACGAGAGUGCUUCCCCUACGAACGGUAACGGCACGAGCGACGACAAGGCGAAGACGAAGCUCGCCGAGCAGGUUCUCGCGCCCUUCCACGACUCGCAGAUCGAGGCCGACCUCGCCAAGCGCGACUCGACCCAAGCCCGCAACCUCUACAACUUCUUCAUGAACCUCGCGCUCUGCCACACCGUCUUGACGAGCCAAGAGGACGGCCUCAUCUCGUACAAGGCUCAGUCGCCCGACGAGGCGGCGCUCGUCCAAGCCGCUGCAGAUGUCGGCUUCGUCUUCCUCGGCCGCGACAAGGACGUCCUUCGCGUCCAGACGCCGCACGACGACGAUGUUGUCGAGUUUCAGCUUCUCAACGUCCUUGAGUUCACCUCGGCUAGGAAGCGCAUGUCGGUCGUCAUCCGCAAGCUGUCGGAGGGCGAGGGCGACGAUCAGCUCCUCCUCCUCACCAAGGGUGCCGACAACGUCAUCUUCGAGCGCCUCGGCCACGGCAACGAGGAGCUCAAGCGCGAGACGGACAAGCACCUCGAGGACUUUGCGAACGAGGGUUUGCGGACGCUCUGUCUGGCGUGGAAACCGCUCGACGAGGCGACGUACGAGCAGUGGGAGCGGCGCUUCCACGAGGCGACGACUCUCAUCGACAACCGCGACGAAGAGAUUGAGCGCGUCUCGGACGAGCUCGAGCGGGACCUCAACCUGCUCGGCGCGACAGCUAUCGAGGACAAGCUGCAGGACGGCGUGCCCGAAGCCAUCGCCGAUUUGAAGCGUGCCGGCAUCAAGAUCUGGGUCGCUACGGGCGACAAGCUCGAGACCGCCAUCGCCAUCGCCAAGACUUGCAACCUCCUCUCCCGCGACAUGAACUUGAUCGUCGUCAAAGGCGGCGAGUACGGCCAGGCCAACUCGGCGUACGCCCAGCUCCGCAGCGCGCUCGAGCGCUUCUUCGACGCGGAAGGUCUCGCCGAGCAGCUUGAGAACCAGCCGCCCGAUGCGCAGAAACGACCAGACGGACCGCGGCGGUCGGGCAGCAUGAGGCGUUCGUUCCAGGUGCACCGCACCACGACUGGCGUCUCGGGCGUCUCCGACAUCGUCGGCGACGACAAUGGCGAGCGACCCGGCGGCUACGGCCUCGUCAUCGACGGAGCGUCUCUUCGUCACGCAUUCGACGAGCCCUGGACCAAGGAUCUGCUGCUCGAGCUGGCGACGCGCUGCCGUGCUGUCGUGUGCUGCCGCACAUCUCCCCUGCAGAAGGCGCUCAUCGUCCGUCUCGUCAAGGACGGCCUCGGCUCGAUGUGCCUCGCCAUCGGCGACGGCGCGAACGACGUCUCGAUGAUUCAGGCGGCCGACAUUGGCGUCGGCGUCGCAGGCGAAGAAGGUCUCCAAGCUGUCAACUCGUCCGACUACGCCAUGGGGCAGUUCCGUUUCCUCAAGCGACUGCUCCUCGUGCACGGCCAGUGGUCGUACCUCCGCAACUCGAACAUGAUCGUCAACUUCUUCUACAAGGAAAUCAUCGGCAUCGGCGUCCUCUUCUGGUUCCAGUUCUACUGCGGCUACUCGGCCACGACCGUCUACGAAUACACGUACCUCUUGUUCUGGAACGUCUUCUGGACUCUCGUCCCCGUCAUCUUCAUCGGCAUCUUCGACCGCCACGUUGGCGAGCGCGUUCUUAUGGCCAUCCCUGAGCUGUACGAGCGAGGCCGACGCGGCAAGCUCUUUGGCAUCGUCCGCUUCUCCAUCUACAUGCUCGACGGCAUCUACCAGUCCGCCGUCAUCUACUUCUUCCUCCUGUACGCCUACGACACGACGACAGCGCGGCGAGACGGCUACGACAUCCAGAUGUACGAGUUCUCGACCGUCAUGGCUGUCGCCGCCGUGCUCGCUGCCAACUUCUACAACGGUCUCAACACGUACUCGUGGAACUGGUGGGUGCUUGCCGGUGUUCUGAUCGGCCCCGUCCUCAUCGUCCUCUACACGGCCGUCUACUCCGCUUUCCCGCCGACCCUCAUCUGGACUUACGUCUGGGGCAACAACCACUUCCUCUGGCCGUCGGCGUACUGGUGGCUCGGCCUCAUGUUCACCAUCAUCCUCUCCCUCGGUCCCCGCUACCUCUACCGCGCCAUCAAGGAAGCGUACUUCCCCGACGACGUCGACAUCCUCCGCGCGAUGGAGAAGCGUGACCCUCGGCACGACUGGGUGCACGACCCGAUGAUGCCGCACCACCCGGACGGCACCCACUUCGAGCCGCUCGCGCUCACGCCCGACUCGGCCUCGGCUUCCUCGCCCAUGAUCGCACGGCGGACCGCCUCUCGCUCCUCCUCCCGCCGCCCCCUUCCUCAGCGCGACUCGUAUCAACUCGGCCGCGCCCGCACGCACCAGAGCCUCACGCACGACAUGAGCACCGGCCUCGCUCGCGUUGGAACGGGCAGCGGCUACGCCUUUGACGAGGGUGUCGGCCUCAACCUCGAGCGGUACACAACGAGGGGCAGUGAGGCAUCGCGCACCCGGCCGAGGAAGGGCUCCGUCAGGGUUGGCAAGGUCGAGCUGAAUCCCUUCGCUCGCAAGUCGGACAAGACACGCGACCGCUCAGCCUCGUUCGGCGCUCGCCUCUUCCGCCACGGCAAUCGCAAGUCGACCGUCCCAGAGGAAGAGCCGGAAUCGAGCACCGCGCCGCCCCCAGUCCCGACUGUGCCGCUGACAGGGCACGAAGCGACGACCGCGCCGCUCACCAAGGACACUGAUAGCGUCGGACACGCCAUUUAA